UCGCUGGUGGAGGUUCCCGACCGUGCUCGCUCCCGCAACUGAAGGCACGGCAGAAGAGGCAGAGCCCACGGCGGUGGGCGGUGCGUUGGGCAGGCUCGGGCCUCCCGCUCGCCGCUGCGUUGGGACCGCGCAGCCUGGUAACUGCGCACGGCUGGCCUCCCGGAGUCCAGCGCCGUCGCUCCUCCUGGACCCGGGUUCCCAGGACAGCGCCUCCCGGAGCGCAGGGAGCAGGCCGAGGCCGCCGCGUGGGCCUGCAGCGCCCCGCCGUUCUCUCUUCCCCAGGCCCGCACUCCCACUUGGGCUCCAGGGCCUCAGGGCUCACGUCCCCCCAGCCUAGACCCUGAGUCGUUUUCCCCCGGUUCCCGGCUGAAUUAGGUUCUUCUUCUCCACAGGUGUUUGCAGUGGCCUCAGGGAUCCGGAAAGCCUAGGACUGAACCUCUCCUAACAUCCAGUAAUGGGGACCUGGAACCUGGGCGUACUAGAGUGCCGCGCUUAGGGCUCCAGGUCGCUGGCUUCUGCGCUUUCUGCCUCUCCAAAAUUGAAUAUCUCCUAUCUGUGUCCUCGUACUUACUACCGCCUAAGGUGCCAUGGCCCCCAAGCCGGGGGCCGAGUGGAGCACAGCCCUGUCCCAUCUGGUGCUGGGAGUGGUGUCUCUGCACGCAGCCGUGAGCACAGCCGAGGCAAGUCGAGGGGCUGCUGCUGGCUUCCUGCUCCAGGUCUUGGCUGCCACCACCAUGCUGGCCCCAGGGCUGAGCACACAUGAAGACUGUCUUGCUGGAGCCUGGGUGGCCACCGUCAUCGGCCUUCCCCUUCUGGCGUUCGAUUUCCACUGGGUGAAUGGGGACCGCUCCUCUGCCAACCUGCUCCUGGGAGGAGGCAUGGUGCUGGCAGUGGCUGGCGGCCACCUCGGCCCUGAGGGCCGCUCUGUGGCUGGUCAGGCAAUGCUGUUGGUGGUCGCAGUGACCAUCCUCAUUGUAGCUGUCUUCACGGCCAACACUUACGGGAUGUGGGGAGGGGCGAUGCUGGGUAUGGCAGGCCUCCUGAGCCGGCUGGAGGAGGACAGGCUGCUGCUGCUACCGAAGGAGGAUGUCUGUCGCUGGGCCCUGGCUGCAGGCAGCUGGGCUUACUGCCGGGCCCUGCAUACACAGCGCCUGCAGUGGGAGUGACAGUUGGAUACAGCAAGGCAGGGUUUCUGCCCUGCCGAACACUUUCCCUCCCACCUGCCUGCUCCUGGCGCCUUCUCCCCUAGGGGUAGACUCUCCUGCCCACUGAAGUGGGCAUGAUGCACAUGGACUGGUCAGGGGCAGUCUGGGUGCUGUCCUUUGGCCACGUGUGGGGACUCGUCUAGACCAGAAUGAAAGGGACAGGGUCCCAGACACGUUUGGGGGGCCUGAUUCUGGGCUGGACAUGGUUGUGGAUCCAGAGAAGAGGCCUAGUCUCCAAUAAAUCUUAGGAAUUUUGCAGGAAUAUG